CUCAUCUUCUUCGGGAACCUCCAAAACCCCAACCUCAGCUUUUCCCCUCUCCCUGCGUUCUGCAUCAAAUGUCCGCGCCGUCGGCUCGCCGGAUCAAGGACCGCGGCGGCGCCGGCGCCAAGGACGCCGCUCCCAGGACAGGUAAGCCCCUGACCCCGCUCUCCGGCGCCAGAUCGGCCCCCGGGAAGGAGAAUUCCGGCACCGGCGCCGGCUCCAAGCCCGGCCCCAGGGCUCCGCUGGCGUCGGCGCAGAAGCCCAAGCCGCGCGCCGUGCCGCCGCGCGUGUCGAGCGAGGGGGCCCGGUGGCCGUCGGUGCCGAGGGGGCGGAGCCCCAGCCCUUUCGGUGGGCGGGUCGGGUCGGACGGGAAGAAGGAGAAGGUGUUGCCUAGGGUUUCGCUGGAGGGGCGGGAGGCGGAGAAGAAGGAGAAGAGAGGGAUUAGGGAGGCGGGGGCGAAAUCGAGGGAGGAGAGCGGCGGGGGCGGCGGCGGGUAUAGGAUUUUGAGGGAUUUGAAGGAUAAGGUGAAGAAGGGCGGGACUUGUGAGCAAUCAUCGAUUGCGAAAGUAGGAGUGAAGGGAAGGAAUGUACAUAAAAUGAAUGGAGAAGUGUCCGUUGAUUCUGAAAGUUUGGUCAAGUCGAGCGAGGUAGAUGCUCAGUUAGAUUUGAAGGGUCGCGCUGAAGAGGUGAGCGCUGAAGAGGUUAGUGUUGAUCUAAGUGGUCAACCUUUGCAUGAACUAUCAGUGGAUAAGAAAUCAGAAGAGGGAACAAAUGCUAAUUUGGCAUCCUCAUCUGGUGUUGCCAGUGAAAUGACUGGAAAUGCGAGUGCGAAAUGUUUGAGCAGUUCAGGGGUGGAGAAGGGGAUGAGCUCCGAAGCUGUUAAUGGUCAAGCGGGUAACAAGUAUCAGAGUAGGCUGCAUGAAAAGCUUGCUUUUUUAGAAGGUAAGGUUAAGAGGAUCGCUUCGGAUAUUAAGAGGACUAAGGAGAUAUUGGAUUUGAAUAACCCAGAUGAGUCGAAAGUCAUACUUUCAGAUAUCCAGGAAAAGAUUUCAGGGAUUGAAAAGGUGAUUGGUCAUGCAAUAGGUGACUCUAAUGGUAAGAUGGCUGCUGUAAAGAACACUGCAAAUGCUGUCCUUGAGAGUGAUAAAUCGGUCGGCGAGAUUCAGGUUGAGAAGAAGAGUAGCUCAAAAUGUUCAGUUAAAGUUUUGAAUAGUGAGGAAUUAGAAGCUCGACUUUUUCCUCAUCACAAGCUGCUAAAAAGUAGAACCUCUGUGAAGGCAGCGAUAGCAAGCACACGGUCAUCAAGUGAAGCAGGAGUGCUUGGGAUGAAUACUUCUGAGGCUAAUUCUAUGUCAAAGGUGGAAGAGAAAUUGAACCCUGAUGACAACCCGAUAGCUUUGGAGUUUUUGGCUUCAUUGGAUGAGGAGCAAUCUAUGAUCACCAUCAGGGAUCAGAAGUCUGACAUGGAGAUCUGUGGGGUUCAAGAGAUGGAUGGUGUUGCAACUUCAGCAGUAGAAGAGAAAUUUGUUGACGGGAAGGCCGAACCGGAGAUAAUUCUUACGGCUGAUGAAAAGCUUGAUGAAUUUGAUGAUCAGGAGAACAGUCAGAGGCUUAUAAUUGGAGAGGAGAAUGAAGACACUUAUGCUUAUCAACUGCAUGAGAUCGGCAGCAAGGCCUCCACUGGAGGUUGGUUUGUGUCAGAGGGAGAGGCAGUUCUCCUUGCUCAUGAUGAUGGCUCAUGUUCCUACUAUGAUAUUACCAAUUCGGAGGAGAAAGCUGUAUACAAGCCCUCCAUGGCAAUCUCACCUAACAUAUGGAGGGAUUGUUGGAUUAUCCGUGCUCCUGGUGCAGAUGGGUGUUCAGGGAGGUAUGUUGUUGCAGCCUCUGCUGGAAAUAUGAUGGAUGCGGGGUUUUGCUCCUGGGAUUUCUACACCAAAGAUGUUCGAGCUUGCCAUGUUGAGGAAGGUGGUGCUGUAACUUCUUCGAGAACAGUACUUGGCCCUUUACACAGUGACACUUUGUAUAGAAGAAGUGCUCUGUCUAGUAUUAUGGUCCCAGAAAAUCAGCUAUGGUGGUAUAAGCCAUGUGGACCUUUAAUUAUCUCAACAGCCACCUGCCAGAAGGGUGUCCGAGUCUAUGAUAUCCGGGAUGGAGAGCAAAUUAUGAAAUGGGAGGUGCAGAAACCUGUGUUAGCAAUGGACUAUUCGAGUCCUUUGCAAUGGAGAAACAGAGGGAAAGUUGUUAUAGCCGAAGCUGAGACAAUUUCUCUAUGGGAUGUGAAUUCUCCUAACGCGCAACCAUUACUUUCUGUGCCUUCCUCUGGACGAAAAAUAUCAGCCCUUCACAUUAACAACACUGAUGCUGAAAUUGGUGGAGGGGUUCGACAAAGAGUCAGUUCAUCGGAAGCUGAGGGCAAUGAUGGCAUAUACUGCAGCGCCGAUUCAAUUAAUAUCAUGGACUUCCGCCAUCCAUCUGGCGUGGGACUCAAGAUACAAAAGCUCGGGAUCAGCGUGCAGUCAGUCUUCUCUCGUGGUGAUUCUAUUUUUCUGGGCUGCACAAGCCUAAAAUCGGUAGGAAGGAAACUGAGCUGCAUACAGGUGCAACAGUUCUCCUUGCGCAAACAAGGCCUAUUCAGCACUUAUACUUUGCCAGAGUCAAACUUACACUCCGAUCACGUGGCAAUAACUCAAGUUUGGGGCAACUCCAACCUGGUCGUGGGGGUAAGUGGGCAAGGACUGUUUGUGUUUGAUGCUGAGAAGGAUGAAGCAUUGCACACUCUUGGGGGGGGAAGCACACAAAAUGUCAGAGAAGUCAUCGGUCCAGAUGACUUGUACUCGCCUUCUUUCGACCAUCUGUCCUCACGUGCUCUCCUUAUAUCGAGAGAUCGCCCGGCAUUGUGGAGGCACUUGUCUUAGAUAUGACAAACAGUUUGUGCCUUGGUGGCCAGGUUUCGGAAAGAACUGCAUGCAUGGAGGAUCUUCUUCCUUGUUCUUGCCAAUGUAAGUGAAGGGCUGUCUUAUUAUUAUGAUCUGCCCAUAUGGUGCCCUUCAUUUUCUGCUUCUGGAUAAAAGGUCUGUUAUGACUUAAUGUAAUGUUCUUAUUUAUCAUAACAGGAACCUAUCCUGUAGACAACUAUAAAUAGAAUUUCGAUUAUUACAGUAGAA